UCUUGCCACCAACAAAUAGGACAUAUAAUCUUGCUGUCUUUCAUCCUUAUAGCUAGAAGCUCAUUGCAAUCUUUAGGAAAUAAUGACGAUAGUAGAGAUGUGUGUGCACAUGGACUGUCCAGGUUGCGAGACCAAGAUAAAGAAAGCUCUCAAAAAAUUACGUGGAGUUGAUGAUGUUGAUAUAGACAUGAGGAUGCAAAAGGUAACUGUGAUGGGUUGGGCAGACCAAAAGAAGGUAUUGAAAACAGUGAGGAAGACUGGUAGGAGGGCAGAACUGUGGCCAUAUCCAUACAACCCAGAAUACCAUGCCUUGGCUCGCCAUUACGGCAAUGGUAAUUACUUUGCUUCUGCCAAGCCCUCCUCUUCUUACAAUUAUUACAAGCAUGGCUAUAGUUAUGGUGAAGACUUUGGCUACUACCACAAGCCAAUUGGUGCAGCAAUUAUUGAUGAGAAGGCCAUGUCCAUGUUCAGUGAUGACAACCCUCAUGCUUGCUCUAUAAUGUGAAGCACAGUGAUUUAUCGCAUGAACUUCUUGACUGUUUCUUGUCAAUAAAUGUGGGCUACUUGGAAAGUUGUAUUAUGUAUUGGCAAUACCAUAAUAAAUAUCCCUUGCACAUUUAUAUAUAUAGAUACUUGUCGUGGAAAUUGAGUAGGGAAAAAUACCUAACCACGGUUCA